CACUGUCAAAUGUUAAUGAUCAUAGGAAUUGGAAAAAGUUCAAAACAAUCGCCAUCGCCAGACUGCGGAAAACUUGCAAAAAAUGGCAGAAUCUUUGAAAGAAUUGUAAUGCUUGCCAUGUUAGGCUCGAUCGGAAUGACAAUGAUCAUCUUGGCGUGUGCGCUUCCGUCUUACAAAGUCUGGUGGCCCUUUUUUGUAGUACUGUUCUAUCUAAUCUGCCCUCUUCCAACACUUAUUGCCAAACGAAACCCAUCAGACGACGAUGAAUCGCGGAUCACACAUUCCAUGUUUGCAACAAUCGGAAUUGUCAUUAGCAGUUUCGCUUUGCCGAUUGUAUUGGCCCGGGCUAUGGUGAUCCACGGGGGCGCGUGUUAUCUAACAUUGGCCGGUAACGUUAUCGCCUACAUCACAGUGCUUGGAUACUUUUUCGGGUAUGAUUCGGGAGAAUCCUGGUAAAGGCGCUAGUCCGAGAUGCAAAAAUCAUCAAUAACUGUUUAUUACCAACUACUGCUUUGCCGGAAUAGUCGAAAUAAUCAAUUUUUCCAUCAUUAAAUCGUUCAUUUUUUUGUAGAACCAACUUCAUCUCAUUGAUACGUUAAUAUGACACAAAACUGUGUCUUCUGAAUCUAGUGGUAUUAGAAUUUAUUUUCUAUUGAAAGCAUAAUUGACUUAUGGUUGAAUAUCAUACAAUAAAAAGCGUGAUUAUUAUUUCAAAACAAAA